AUGCAUCUUCCCAAGGCAAAUGGGCCAUUCGAUGUCGGAGUGGUUGACAUUGAGGUACCUGUUCGUGAGCCAAAAGACUUCAUUCCGAGCUUUUUAAGCCAUGUUCGUGUGAAUAAGCUCUCGAAAGAUGGCCACAAACUUGGUCUGAAAGAUGCGCGAAAAGUGUACGCAAAUUUUGAAAAACUUAUGAAAGAUGUGCCCAUUGACAUGGACUCCAAGAUCGAGGCAGAGCACGAUUAUCUGCACGACAACGGCUUUUUCUUGCGACAUGCUACACUCCAGUUUCGCACCAUUUUAUUCUCUCUCUACUACCCAAGUGCCAAGAUGCGUCCGCGAGACGCAAAAAAGCAUCCGCAUGCCCGCUGGCUCGGCCUUCCAUUAAAGAAGACCGCUAAAAUGGCAUGGGAAUACAUCGGCGAAUAUGGCGCCCUUGCUCGAGUCUUUGUGCCGGCCAUUGUCACACUGGCUCGGUCUUACCUCCAAGCCCGAGUCGGUUUACCAUUGAUGGAACCGUCUCAUGUACCCAGUGAUAUUGGCAUGGGUGCGGAUGAAAAUAAUAUGAAACAAAUGACAACGAAGAGUUUCCCAGUCGUGGUGUUUUGCCAUGGCCUUGCGGGAAAUCGACUGGCGUACUCGCAGUUUUGCAGUGAACUUGCCUCGCAUGGUUUCGUUGUGGCAGCCAUUGAGCACCGCGACGGAUCCGGUCUCGGCUCUCUUAUGUGGUCCGGUGCGAACAACGUCGAAAAACAAGGUUCAAAGCAGGAAGCCAAGCGGUUCGAGAAAAAUGUCAAACUGGGUGCAUCCGAGUCACUAUUGGAUUAUGACAUGAGUGCUGAGUCUUCGAGCGCUGCUACAUUGAGCUUACUGCAUGAGUUUACGAAAGUGCCGUACCUGCCUUUUGAAAAAGUGGGUCUGCGUGCAUUUACUGAACCUCAAGGACCCAAAGAGCAAGGACUUCGACAAGCCCAGCUGGCCAUGCGCGCAUCUGAGAUCCAGGAAGUGAUGUACGUGCUGCGUCGUAUCAACAAUGGCGAUGCUGAAUGGCUGGCUGAAUCACGCACGCGCAGUCUUGGUUCAUUGCUCUGUGGCCCCAGGACUUUCAAGCGCAUGCGACAAAAGAAUAUUGUGCCGCGUUGCGCGGAUUUCUUCUUGUCGUGGAAAGACAAAUUGGACGUCGAUUUUCCCUCGUUGAUCGGUCACAGUUUUGGUGGAGCGACGCUCUUUGAGUAUCUGCGACUGGAUCAGAACCUGUUCAAGUACGGCAUUAUUCUAGACCCAUGGAUGGAUCCUGUUCGUGAUCCACGUAUGGAAGAGGAUGUUCGUCUCAAGUUGCGCAAGCCUGUCUAUGUGAUCAACUCGGAGGGCUUCUCGAUGUGGCCUGAGCAGUUUAGCAAACUGCAGCGGUGCACUAUCGAUGGCCUGGCUGCGAAUGAGCACCAUCGCGGUUGGCUCUUGACGCUCACUGGUACGAACCACGGUGAUUUCAGCGAUAUGCCUUUCCUUCUCCCACGAGUAUUUGGCUCAGCUAUAACUGCACACGAUGCUAUUGCAACGUUUGCAAGCCUUUCCAUGACUCAGAUCAAGCUGAUUCGACAAGAUCGGCUUGCAUCCAUGACACGCUUUGGAAGCCAGCACGAUGUCGUUGAGCCGAACGAUUUUAUGCGUAAACCCAGCGGUAUGCGUUUUAUUUCAGACAGAGAGGUGCCACUAGAUGACGAGUUUCUCUCACGUAUGUACGGCACGUAUGUUCUUUCUAAGCGCAUGCGACGUCGGCCUGGUCGCAGUAUGUUUUGGGAAUUGCGCGGUUGGAGAAACCAAGCGGAGCGCGAUCCUCUCACUUCUAUCGGCAAGAAAUACUUGCGUGAAAAGGCGAAACAAGAUAAGAAGAUAACCAAGGGGGGGCCUGCCGAAAGUGAGGACGAUUCUUCGGAAUUUAUGGACAGAGAAACGCAGCAUUCAUUUGUGCCUCCUUUUAUUGAUCCAUGUGCGGAUCCGAACGUGUGGGAAGAGCAUAUCGUUGAUGCCGAUUCACUCAAGGUAUUCGAGCAGUGGCAGAAGGACGUGUCGAUUAAACAUCGCACGCACCGACCACUCUCUCUCUUCACUGUUGUACUAUGGUUUUGGGGCAUCCGCCAGGGUCUCGCACCCCCCGGGCAUUUGCUUGUUCAUGAUCUAAAGUGUUGA